AUGGUAAGCCCCAAAAAGAAAAGUACAGUAUCGUCAAAAACUGUGGUCAGCAAAGCGUUGCACAAGCUGAGAACGGCGUCUCCAGACUUGGAACUAUCCAGUAAGUUUACUGGUUCACUUUCGGAUUCAGAUUUUAGUGGUUUUGCCGCGAUCAAGAAAUCCAAGAAGACCGCAGAUGGAUCCAAGAGGAAACGCAGUGGCUCCAUUAUUAAUAGCAUCAAAAAUCCGUUCUCCAACAAGGAGCCCCUAUACCAUUCAUCUGAACGAAAUACCAUUAGAACAGGAAAGGUGAGCAUUUCCUCGGAAUCUAAAAGUUUAUCACGAUUACAUGUACCCAGAAGCAGUUCGAGGGACGGCGGUUCUGGAACGGCCUCCCCUUGCUCAUCAAGAAGGUGCGGAGAGAUGCUGCAACCACCUUUUGAACAUGAUCUGAGUGCAUUGGAAAAGGGUGAAUUCCGCCGAGAACAGAGUCCGUUGAUUCCUGAUCAUGGCGCAGACUCCACAAACUAUCAAUCGUUUGUCCAUGUCGAUCAAGCUCCAGUUAUCACACAGGGUUCCAUGCCAAUGACACCAAUUCCCCUUCCAAGCCACGGAGGACUAAACCCUGUCGAACCAACCGAUCCAUCUCCCUUCACUCAAUUCCUAGAACACAUGUAUGAGAAAUAUCCAAGCUACAUCACCGGUCUGGUCGUUAUUUUGAUAUUCGCGGGCAGCAUGUAUUCGAUUUCAACCGGCAAGGGAACGCAGUAUCUAACCGCGAUGAUGAAAGCGACACUAUGCUGGUUGCUAGGAUCAAACACAGCAAACCUUAUCUUUGGCGAUGGAUUCUGCGAGUUCCAAUUCUCAGCAGAUGAAACCCCAGCCAUUAAUUAA